AUAUAAAAUGGUUCUAUUCUAAUCUCUUGCUCUUCGUGAACUCUAAUUCCAUCGCAGGCGGUGGUGGCAAGCAUUGCAUUAAUUCAUGCUCUUGGUGUUCGUGAUAACAUAGACAACUGAGGAGGAGGGCUAAAAUGAUGAAGAAUCAACCGUCACAGUGGUGGUGGCUUGAGAGCCACAGUAACACAAGACGAUCCCCUUGGCUUCAAUCCACUCUCACAGAGCUAAAUGAGAAGACAAAGGCAAUGUUAAAACUAAUUGAAGAAGAUGCAGAUUCCUUUGCCCAACGUGCUGAGAUGUAUUACAAGAAGAGACCACAACUUGUGAGCAUGGUUGAAGACUUCUAUAGGACACAUCGAUCAUUAGCUGAGCGGUAUGAUCAAAUCGCUGGAAUUCGUCAGCAGAAGACUGGAGGGUCCCCCUUUUCUCCACUCAAGCAUCAUCAACCAGAGAAGUUGAUAAGUUUUGCGAAUGACUGUUAUGAUAGCUAUUCUGAGAGUUGUGAUGUAGAGGAGUCUGGGGAAUCUGAAAUUGAUGAUCCUGAGCAAGAAGAGGAAGAGGAUUCCAUAUUCAAUAACUGUGCACAACUGGAGGAAGUUCAGUUUGAGAGACUUGGUGAAGAGAACAAGGAUCAUAAGGGUCAGAACAAGCAAAAAUAUAACAUUUACGAAGCAGUGAUGUUGAGGGAAGAAAUAGAGCAACUCAGAAAAGAGAACAGGGUUCAGAAGGAUGAACUCGACCGGAAAAGCAUCACUUUUGUUGAAUUAAUGAUGCUGAGGGAAGAAAUAGAGCAACUAAGAAAAGAGAAUAGAGCACAGAAGGAUGAACUCAACCAGAAAGAUAUCAUUUGUGGUGAAGCAAUGAUGUUGAGGGAAGAAAUAGAACAACUCGGUAAAGAAAAUAGAGUUCUGAAGGAUGAACUAAGCCAGAAAAGUAUCAUUUGUGGUGAAGUAAUGAUGUUGAGGGAAGAAAUAGAGCAAUUCAGAAAAGAGAAUAGAACGCAGAAGCAUGAACUCAACCAGAAAGAUAUCAUUUGUGGUAAAGCAAUGAUGCCGAGGGAAGAAAUAGAGCAACUCAGUAAAGAGAAUAGAGUUAUGAAGGAUGAACUAAACCAGAAAAGUAUCAUUUGUGGUGAAGUAAUGAUGUUGAAGGAAGAAAUAGAGCAACUCAGGAAAGAGAAUAGAGCGCAGAAGGAUGAACUCCACCAGAAAGACAACAUUUGCAGUGAAAUAAUGAUGUUGAGGGAAGAAAUAGGGCAAUUGGGAAAAGAGAAUGCAGCGCUGAAGGAUGAACUCAACAAGAAAUAUAUCAUUUGUGGAGAAAUAAUGAUGUUGAGGGAAGAAAUAGAACAACUCAGGAAAUAUAAUAGAGGGCAGAAGAAUGAACUCCACCAGAAAGGUAUCAAGUGUGAAGUAACGAUGUCGAGGGAAGAAAAAGAGAAUAGAGUGAAGAAUGAUGAACUAAACCCAGAAGAUAGCGUUUGUGGUGAAGUAGUGAUGUUAAGGGAAGAAAUAAAACGACUUGAAAAAGAUGAAAGAGCACAAAAAGGUACCCUUUCUGGUGAAGUAAUGAAGUUAAGGCAGGAGAAUAGCGCGCAGAAGGACCAUCUUAAGCAAAAAGACCAAGAGAAAAUAGAGGUGAUAAGACACCUGAGUUUAGCUAUAGAUAUGCUGAAGCAGGAGAACAUAAGGAUGAGAAGCUUCAUUGCUAAGGAAUCUUCCAACAAAUGGAAGAAUCCAUUUGGGUUAAAGAAUUUCAUGGGAUCAUUAUCAGAGCAGUUGUUUAAUGGAAUUACAAAUAAUCAACCUAGUCUUGUAGCUCUCUAGAUAAGGUUCACAGAGUAAAUAACUAAGUUUUGUAGAACAAUAUUAAAAGAUACCUAUGUACAUGUUAUGGGGACCUGCUCAAGUAACCUACAGAUCUUGUAUACAGUUUAGUAUAUUCCUAACUAAUCCAAGACCGAGUAUCUAGUGGAUUUCCUAGACACUUGUUUUUCUA